AGACUGACUGUCAUUUUCGGCACUUUUGUGUUGUGUUUUUGAAUAUAAAUAAUAAAUGACUGAUUGAUUGUAUGAUUGAUUGUAAUGUAUGAUCACAUGAGUUGAUCCAAACACUCAUUGAAUGUGAAAUAGACGACCAAAACAACAGACUAUUGAAUCAAUAAUCGCUUAAUUGUGACCAUAUUUAUGAUGUCAGACGAAGCGUUUGUGGUCCGCAUCCGAGGUCUUCCGUGGCAAACGACCAGAGAAGAGAUUGUCGACUUCUUCAAUGGUUGUAAUAUAAAGAAUGGUUUGAAUGGUGUUUUGAUGACACUGUCCCGCGAGGGUCGACCAUCUGGUGAAGCGUACGUCGAGUUUGCCACUGAACAGGACUACAACUUAGCUCUCGACAGAAAUCACAAACAUUUGGGACAGAGAUAUAUAGAAGUGUUCGCCUCAAAGAAGUCUGAAAUGGAAAGAGUUGGUCGAAUACACGGCAAUGAUCUCAAUGACAAUCAACACCACGAAGACUCGUUUGUCCGACUUCGGGGACUGCCGUUCAGCGCCAAUAAGGACGAUGUCAUUGAGUUUUUUUCUGGGUUGGAUUUAGUGAUGGAUGGGAUCGUACUGCCAACAGAUCAUUCGGGUCGGAGCACAGGGGAGGCAUACAUACAGUUUGCUACCAGAGAUAAUGCAGACAAAGCCAUGAGCAAACACAAGGAUAAGAUUGGGCACAGGUACAUUGAAAUAUUCAAAAGUUCGUUCCAAGAGUUUCGUCAAAUAAAUUCAUAUAUGGAUUCUAAACAAUAUUCAUCGGGACCGCCGCACGGUUACGGACUCGACGGUCCAUCGGGUGGCUACGGCCCGCCGCCUCAAUCAUCGCCUCCGCCAUACGCCGCUAACCAUAAGAUGCGUUACGGACAUCCGCCAUCACGUCCAGUGCCAUAUCCUAACAGAUUUCGUGGUGGUGGUGGUGGCAGUGGUUUCUACGGUAAUGGUAAUGAUAAUUAUGGAUCGCCAAUAACAGGAGCAUCCAGAGGACCCCCACCUGUCGGUUCAUACAGACGUGUCUACGAUUACGAAGAAAUGGAUUUUAGAGGUCGUUCCUCUUUUGAUGAUCAAUUUGGAGCUACAUUUGAUGAAUACCCACCUCAAGGACCUUCGCAUCAAAAUUCGAUGCCAUUUUCAAAUCGACAUAAUGUCCAUAUGAGAGGAUUGCCAUUUAAAACAACUGAAGGCGAAAUCUAUGAGUUCUUUUUGCCGUUGAGACCAAUUAGCGUACAAAUACUGAUGGAUGACUUGGGCCGACCCAGUGGUGAGGCUGAUGUUGAAUUUGCCACUCAUGAUGACGCCGUAAAAGCCAUGAACAAAGACAAAGCUUUUAUCCAAAAGCGAUACAUUGAGCUGUUUUUGCAUUCAAAUUCUUCGACCAGUCAUAAUAAUAAUAACAUAAAACGGGAGCCAACGUCAACUAAUUAUUACCGCAACGGAUCGGGAGGAGCCGAUAACCAUCGUAUCAGACCAAUGGGUAAUUGGAGUUCAAGUGGUGGUCUACAUAUGAAUGACGAUAUGAUCCGAUCUCGAGUUUAAGACUACCUGUUAUAUGGGAUUUAAGCGAUUUGAUUACAUGUAGUUUUUGUGGUGUAUUCAUCUAUAUUAUUGAAUACAAUAUCAAUGUCAACGAAUUAACACAAAAUUAAUAUCAUUUAAUUUUUUUAUUAAGUAUCUCAUUUGGCAUA